AUGACUGAAGAGAGUGCAUUAAAGGAGCUCCAGGAGACACAUCCAGAAAUAUUCGCAGAUAACCCGGAUGAGAUAAGGAAUAAAACGAGAAUGAUUGAAAAUGAAAUAAGAAUGCUCAGGAGCCACAUAAAUGCAAUAACAUACGAUUUUGAAGCAAAACGAGAGAAGAUACAAGAGAACGUGCAAAAGAUAGAACUAAACAAGCAACUACCCUUCCUAGUAGGGAAUGUAGUAGAAAUAUUAGACCUAGAAGAGAAUAAACAAGAAGAAGGCUCUAAUAUAGACGAAACAAUAAACAAAAAAGGACUGUGUGCUGUAGUUAAGACAUCAAACAGAGUCACCACAUUCCUGCCCUUUGUAGGCCUAGUGCCAGCAGAAGAAUUAAAACCAGGUGACUUAGUGGCCCUGCACAAAGAGACCAAUAUAGUAUUUGAGAGACUGGAAGAUGACUUUGAUAUUCGUGUUAAGGCAAUGGAACUUGAUGAGAAACCAACAGACUCCUAUGAGGACAUAGGUGGACUAGAGAGACAGAUGGAAGAAUUAUACGAAGGAAUUAUUCUGUCCAUCACGCACCCAGAGAAAUUCAAGAAACUAAAUAUAACACCCCCCAAGGGCAUACUAAUGUACGGCCCACCAGGCACUGGUAAGACACUCAUGGCCAGGGCGUGUGCUGCUAAGACGGGUGCCACUUUCCUUAAACUGGCAGGCCCACAGUUAGUGCAGAUGUAUAUAGGGGAUGGUGCUAAGUUAGUCAGAGACGCAUUUGCACUUGCCAGGUCAAAGGCACCUGCCAUUAUAUUCAUUGAUGAAAUAGAUGCAAUAGGCACUAAAAGAAGUGACUCAGACAGCACGGGUGACAGGGAGGUGCAAAGGACCAUGUUGGAACUGCUUAAUCAGUUAGACGGGUUCUCUGGCACGCCCAAUAUAAAGGUAAUUGCAGCCACUAAUAGGAUAGACAUAUUAGACCCUGCACUACUGCGGUCUGGUAGGUUUGAUAGGAAGAUAGAAUUCCCACUGCCAAAUAAAGAGGGCAGGAAGAGGAUACUGCAGAUACAUUCCAGGAAGAUGGCAAUGGACCCGAAUGUAAACCAUGAAGAAUUAGCACGGUCCACAGAGGGAUUUAAUGGGGCACAGUGCAAGGCAGUCUGUGUUGAGGCCGGGAUGAUUGCACUCCGGGCAGGCAGGAAUAUGAUCACGCAGAAUGACCUGAUUGAUGGGGUGCAGGAGAUCCUUGCCACAAAGAAGGCAAGUCUGCACUACUUCUCAUAA